CUACAGCCGGUUGUUCCGAAAACCCGGAGCAGCUGAGUGGUCUCUCAGCGGACAGUCCUCCUAAGGGCGAAGCCAGGCGGCUUGGGCAUGCUCAGUAGCUGGGAGAGGUUUGGGAGGAGAGUAGAAAGCUUCGGCUCUGCCCCCACCCUCUCCGUUAGCCCCCGCCCCCCUUGCCCCUACCCAGCCGUAGUAGUUCCCCAGCGUGCGCCCGGGGAGAGCAGGAACAUGGCGCUCGGAGCGAUAUAACAGAUGUAGCAGCAGCGGAGAAGCAGAUGAGGCACCGCGGCUUUGCUGCUAACAGCAGCCACCAGCUCGGAUACAGGCAUGAGAACUGGGCAUGGGUAAUGAGUUAGACCCACCCUCCACUAUAACAUGAAGAGUGCUAGAGGAAGGAAUCUGUUUUAUCAUCGGAAGCAAUGGCAUCUGGGGCCAAUAGGCCAGCAGGCACUCUGACAUGUUCUGACUGUGGUGACAGUGCAAGCUGCAGUGGUCUGUGGCAGCAGAAAUACACUCGUGAAAUGCUUCUGUCUGUUGCUUAAAUGAACACUGAAGAAAAAUGAAGAAAUCUGAAGAACUCCAACAAAAAUAUUGCAAAAAAGAAGCAGCCAAACUCUUCUGGAGUCUUUAAUUCAUCCACAGCCAUCAGAAAAAAGAAAGUUUUUACAUCAUGUUUGGGAAGAAAAAGAAAAAGAUUGAAAUAUCUGGCCCAUCCAACUUUGAGCACAGGGUUCAUACUGGGUUUGAUCCACGAGAGCAGAAAUUUACUGGCCUUCCCCAGCAAUGGCACAGCCUGUUAGCAGACACAGCCAACAGGCCCAAGCCCAUGGUGGACCCAUCAUGCAUCACACCCAUACAGCUAGCUCCCAUGAAGACAAUCGUCAGAGGGAAUAAAUCCUGCAAGGAAACCUCUAUCAAUGGCCUGCUAGAGGAUUUUGACAACAUAUCUGUGACUCGCUCCAACUCGCUAAGGAAAGAAAGCCCACCAACCCCAGAUCAGGGAGCCACUAGCCAUGUUCAAGGCCACUCAGAAGAAAAUGGCUUCAUCACUUUCUCACAAUAUUCUAGUGAAUCAGAUACUACUGCUGACUAUACAAAUGAAAAGUACAGAGAAAGGAGUCUCCAUGGAGACGACCUGGAUCUGUACUAUAAAGGCAGCCAUGCAGCCAAGCAAAAUGGGCAUGUUAUGAAGAUGAAACAUGGAGAUGCUUACUAUCCUGAAAUGAAGCCUUUGAAAACUGACUUGGCCAGAUUUCCUGUUGAGUAUCACACACACUUGGACUCACUGAGCAAACCAAGUGAAUAUGGUGAUCUUAAGUGGGAUUAUCAACGAGCAUCCAGUUGCUCCCCACUGGAUUACUCAUUCCAACUCACGCCUUCUAGAACUGCAGGGACCAGCAGGUGCUCCAAGGAGAGUCUGACAUACAGUGAAAGUGAUUGGGGACCCAGCCUUGAUGACUAUGACAGGAGACCAAAGUCAUCAUACCUGCAUCAAACAAGCCCUCAGCCAGCCAUGCGGCAGAGAUCCAAGUCAGGCUCAGGGCUUCAGGAACCCAUGAUGCCAUUUGGAGCAAGUGCAUUUAAAACUCAUCCUCAAGGACACUCGUACAACUCCUACACCUACCCUCGCUUGUCUGAGCCCACAAUGUGCAUUCCAAAGGUGGAUUAUGAUCGAGCACAGAUCGUCUUCAGUCCUCCACUGUCAGGGUCCGACACCUACCCCAGAGGCCCUGCCAAACUACCUCAAAGUCAGAGCAAAGCAGGCUACUCUUCAAGCAGCCAGCAGUAUCCUUCUGGGUACCACAAAGCAACCUUGUACCACCAUCCUUCCCUGCAAACCAGUUCUCAGUACAUCUCCACCGCUUCUUACUUGAGCUCUCUCAGCAUCUCCUCAAGCACCUAUCCUCCACCUAGCUGGGGCUCCUCCUCAGACCAGCAGCCCUCUCGGGUAUCCCAUGAACAGUUCCGAGCUGCCCUGCAACUAGUGGUAAGCCCAGGAGACCCCAGGGAAUACUUGGAUAACUUUAUAAAAAUUGGAGAAGGAUCGACAGGCAUUGUGUGCAUUGCAACUGAGAAGCACACAGGCAAGCAGGUGGCAGUGAAGAAAAUGGACCUCCGAAAACAACAGAGACGAGAACUCCUUUUUAAUGAGGUUGUGAUAAUGCGUGAUUACCACCAUGACAAUGUAGUUGACAUGUAUAACAGCUAUCUUGUUGGUGAUGAACUCUGGGUGGUCAUGGAGUUUCUAGAAGGCGGUGCCUUGACAGACAUUGUUACUCAUACCAGAAUGAAUGAAGAACAAAUAGCUACCGUGUGCCUGUCAGUUCUAAAAGCUCUCUCCUACCUUCAUAACCAAGGAGUGAUUCACAGGGACAUAAAAAGUGACUCCAUCCUCCUGACAAGUGAUGGCCGGAUAAAGUUGUCUGACUUUGGCUUCUGUGCUCAAGUUUCCAAAGAGGUGCCAAAGAGGAAGUCACUGGUGGGUACCCCAUACUGGAUGGCUCCUGAGGUGAUUUCCAGGCUACCUUAUGGAACAGAGGUGGACAUCUGGUCCCUUGGGAUCAUGGUGAUAGAGAUGAUUGAUGGUGAGCCGCCCUAUUUCAAUGAGCCUCCUCUCCAGGCAAUGAGGAGGAUCCGGGACAGUUUACCUCCAAGAGUGAAGGACCUACACAAGGUUUCUUCCAUUCUUCGAGGAUUCCUAGAUCUGAUGUUGGUGAGGGAACCCUCUCAAAGAGCCACAGCCCAAGAACUUCUUGGACAUCCAUUCUUAAAAUUGGCAGGCCCACCAUCUUGCAUCGUUCCCCUCAUGAGACAAUAUAGACAUCACUGAAAGGAUUCAUAUAGGAGAAAAAUAUAGGCAUGGGAAUGAUUCAGGAGAACAUGACAAAACUACAGAACAUGCAAAGACCUACCUGUGCAUUCUAAACCAGCUGAUUAGUGGGACAGUGUGAUGACCUGAUCGGCAGGGUUCAACAGACCAGGGCAUCUUCUAGUGUCUUAAUAAGGCAUUUCUCCACUGACAGCUGGGAUGGCCAUUUGGAGCAUGGCUUUAAUAAGUCAUUAUUAUACAUUUUCAGCCCUUCUUCCAGUGAAUCAGAAGGACUCAGUGCAAACUCCGUUAUGAUAUAUCCUAGCCACAUGCAGGGUACCGCGUAGGAUUUUCUAUAUUGAAAGAAUACUUUUCUGGCAAAAAAAUUAAAAAAAAAAGGAAGGAAGAAAAUAAAAUAAAAUAAAAAGCACUUUUUUCUUAAUGGUAGCAGUGUAAUGUAUUUUGCAAUGAAUUUGUAAUUUUUCUGUACGAUAGUUUUGAUAAUUUAUAGUACUUUGAUGUCACGUAGCCAUUGUCUUGGUUGAAGUAGUACUUGUUUACUAGCAGGCGUUUGAACAAAGCCUUUCCUACUUUUUUAUCCCUUUCAGAGAACCAACGAUUCUUUAGGACAUUUAAAUACUAAAUGACCCUCAGUCACCGUCAGCUUUAGCAGAAUAUCUUUCUUAUCUUAACAAGUGUCUUAUGUAAUGGAAGAAGAGUUAAGAGUGAUAGUGAUGGUGCGGACACUUCCCUUACCCAACCAAAUAUAAGGAAAUAAAACUUGAGCCACAGGAAUCACCAAACUAUUCCUUGAUAUAAUACUAAGUAUUUUUAAAAAAAAAAAAAUCACAUUUUUUUUCUUCAAGGAUUCUGGUAACACACCAUUUUUCAUAGAGCGAGAUAUUUCCCUUUGAUGCCCACCUUCAAAUAGGCAUGGCAUCCCUGUGGCCAAAUUUCUUUCCCAGGGAGUAAUUUCAGUGCUGGGAUCAUUGGACUUGGUUCCCCAGAUAGAACGUUUGAGUGAGACCAUGGCAUCCCCAGGCUCACAAAGGGAGAGUGAACAAGGCAAGCUGUUUGGUUUUAUUCGUCACUGUUUCUAAGACUCUGUAUGCUAGCAUACCAAACUCUUGUCUGUAGUUACCUUCAUGCCGCAGUAUUAAUCACUGUUAUUCAUGUAUUGUGCUGGAAGUCUGAACGGAUGAUAGGGGAUGAAUUAGCAAGGGGGUAUUUUACCAGGUAUGGUCUAACUUAAGUGGUGACCAUGUUAUAAUGUGUUUCUGACAUAAGGAGAGUUGUGCUGCUGUCUUGAUCUUCCUGAAUGUUGAUAAAAAUGAAUGACUACUACAAUACAUUUUGUGUUGCUUGUUGGAUGAA